GGUACAAGGGUCAACUAAACGAGUCUACAGCUGUUUAUCGUUUUAUUGUUGGUUGAAUGUAAAUUUGCACUGGGUUUUCUUGUUAUCUAUUAACAGCCAGUAUUCAUUCUUUGAUUCUUGUGUUCGUUUAAAUACUAAAGUUUUGCCGUAAAUUUAGAGUAUCUAUAACUAUUGUUAUCAUUGGAAUUAUUUUGAUAACAAUUAUGUUGACAAGUUAAUUGAUUUGCUUGUAAGAAAAUUAAGAUUUACGAUAUCAUACUUAAUUAGAUUCUUUCCGAAUUAUUAAACGGCAUAGACAUGAGUGAGCGUCCACAGCCAUUGAAAGCUGUAAACCGGUUUUUUGAAGGGAAGGAACCAUGGCAGAUAGUUACCAUGACUGCUUCAUCAGUGCUGGCUAUAGUUUGGGCACACAGUCUUUACAACGCAAAGGACACCGUCACGGUGAGGUUACGAAGAGAGUUCUUCAGAUGGCUCCGUCAAGUGCCAAUGGUUCGCCGAAAGAUAGAAGAAAGAAUGGCUGAUAUCAAGAAAGGUUUCAAGAAGGACGUGGCGAAAAGACUGGCCGGUAUGACCAUAUACCGUGAACUUCCAGAACGUGGGCUUACAGCUGUAGAAGUCGCUGAGGAAGUCAAAAAACAUCUUACUCUAGGUUCAUACGAUUGGAAAAGCGGUAACGUAUCCGGGGCCGUGUACCACGUGAACGAGGACAUCAGCGAAGUGGCGUGCGCCGCGUACUCGCUGACCGCGUACACGAACCCGCUGCACGCGGACGUGUUCCCGGGGAUCAACAAGAUGGAAGCGGAAAUUGUACGGAUGACGAUCAACUUGUUCCACGGCGACGACGACUGCUGUGGGACGGUAACAACUGGUGGCACGGAGUCCAUUAUGAUGGCUUGCAAGGCGUUCCGAGAUUUAGCUUACAGCAAGGGCAUUAGCAACCCUCAAAUGAUUUUGCCGGUAACUGCGCACACGGCCUUCGAUAAGGCGGCGCAAUACCUGGGCAUAUCAGUGGUCACCGUGCCCGUGUCGAGCGAGACUUACACCGUCGACGUGGACGCGGUGCGACGGGCCAUCGGCAGGAGAACUUGCAUGAUAGUGGGGUCGGCGCCGAACUUCCCGUACGGCACGAUGGACGACAUCGCGGCGCUGUCGGCGCUGGCGGCGCGCGCGCGCGUGGCGCUGCACGUGGACGCGUGCCUGGGCGGCUUCGUGGGCGCCUUCAUGCCGCGCGCCGGCCACGCGCUGCCGCCCUUCGACUUCCGCCUGCCCGGCGUCGCCAGCAUCUCCGCCGACACGCACAAGUACGGCUACGCCCCCAAGGGCACGUCGGUGGUGGUGUACCGGCGCGCGAGCGUGCGGCACCACCAGUACACCGUCACCACCGACUGGCCGGGUGGAGUGUACGGGUCGCCCACCGUCAACGGCAGUCGCGCGGGCGGGCUGAUCGCGGCGUGCUGGGCCACCAUGAUGUUCGUGGGCGUCGAGCGCUACGUGCAGAUGACGAAGGAGAUCGUCUCCGUGGCGCGCUACAUCGAAGCCGAAUUACGAAAAAUCGAGGGCAUAUUUAUAUUCGGCAAGCCGGCCACUACGGUGAUCGCGUUCGGCUCCAAAACUUUCGACGUGUUCAAGUUGGCGGAUAAGUUGCACAAGAAGGGAUGGAGCUUGAAUGCCCUGCAGUUCCCUUCAGGCAUUCACAUCGCCGUGACGCACGCGCACACGCAGGCGGGCGUAGCGGAGCGGUUCGUAGAGGACGUACGCGCCGCUACGAGCGCCUGCCUUAAGGAGGGCGGGGAGCCUGUGGAGGGGAAGAUGGCCAUAUACGGCGUCGCGCAAGGCAUUCCCGACCGAAGCCUCGUGUCAGACAUCACGAAGUACUUCAUCGAUUCCAUGUAUUACCUACCGAAGCCGGAAGACAACGUGGAAUAAUGUUAAACGAUUAAAACAUAAUGACUGUUAUAUUUCAAAAGGUUGUAAGCGGUUCAAACCGGUUUAAACCGGUUUUUAUAAGUUGAUAAUGUCAAAGAUAUGUGUACCUACAAUUAAAUAAAUAUAUUCGAUUUUAGAAAUCGAAUAUACGAACGAAUACAUGAAUUAAAUUCGAUUUGGUAAGUUCAGGUUUGAAUUGAAAGUUAAUUUUUGAAAUGUUUAAUUACCUGUUUUAUGAAAAACAUUAAUUUUAUAAAAUAUGGAUAAAAAUAUUUAAUUUUAUCUCUAAGCGAGUUAUGUACUUAUCUAACCAAAUUUAAAUUUGGCUUUAAAGAAUUUUAAUCUUAGUUUUACAUCGGAUAUAUACAGAUAAUUUAUUUAAAAAAAAAACAGUUGUUGUCCAAAUGAUAUAAAUAUAUAAAUAUAAUGAGAAAUCUACAUCCUUGAAAGUAAAAAAAUUAAUAAUAAUGGCGAAAUAAUCUGUGCCCUCUUAUUACGUAUAAAAAUUGAUAGAAAACAACAGCAAAAAGCCAUUUAUCCCGUCACUGUCCCACCGCUGGGCUAAUAAUUAAAGGGUUCGCUCGUACGCUACAUUGCGGUUCAGUGGAAACGUAUUAACGGUGUUAUAGACAAGCUAAGCAAAUGAUAAUUAAAGUAGCGCAUAUUUAAAGCCGUGAUUAUUAUUUAUUUUUAAUUAAUGAAUAUAGCUUACCAACUCGAGUAAAUACUCAAACUCAAAUUAAAAAAAAAUGAAACAAAUACCUUUUUGUAAAUUUUUAAAAUUGUACACUAAAUUAAAGUCACGUACAUCAUUUUGUAUGUAUAAGUAUGUAUAAUUUUUAAUGUUUAUAUAUUAAUUGACAUUCGGUACAUACGAUUUGUUUAAAUUUUAAUAGAAAAGAUUAAAAAAAUAUGUAAAUUACUUACAAGAUUUCUUUGAGGACUUUUUUAUUGAUAAAUGUUGACAUCUAUUGAUGGAGGCAUUUCGAUUCUGUAUAAUAACGAAAUAUAAUAAUAAUAAUAGUGAAGUAAAUAAUUCCAUUUGUAUCUUAAUAUAUUGUAUUAUGUAUCAAAGAUACAUCUAGUACAUGUCGAAGAUCGAUUGCUAUUCGAUAAAGAAGGUGGUGGUGGUAGGUGGUUUAUUGUAGUCGUCAUUGUGAUUCUUAGUCAGUUAUAAAAUUAGUCUUAUAGUUAGUUUGUAUGUGUUGGUAGCUCAACCAGUCGUCCUACCAACUUUGUGAACAACGAGCGCAAAAUAGUUCGUGUAUAAUCUAUUCCAAUGGUAGGGGAAUUAAAUUAAACAAAACUUGGAUUUACAUAUUCCAUCCAAUUUUCUUAUAGCUCUGAUAUAUUAUACUAACGUUGCUGAUAUUCAAAACGCCAUUUUUUCACGAAUCCAUUAUGCAUACCACAGAAUAUUCAGAUAAUAAUUUCUUUCACUAAAUGUUGUCUGUGAGAGAUAUCACUAUAAGAUAGCCUUUGCGCGCCUUUGGUGUUUGAUUAAUUGUUUUCUGUUUUUCUUAUGUUAUCUGUUAUUUAUAUGUUGUGCAAUAAAGUAUUAAAUAAUAAUAAAAAUAAUAUCGACCAAUGACGUCACAUCAGUUCAAGACCAAAGUUGUUUAUCUUUAGUCCGACCAUUGGAAUCUACUAUUGUCUUUGGUAUUUCAUUGUCAAUCGAGCGACUACGUGUAAUGUUUAUAGUGUUUGAUAAGCAAUUGAGAAAUUAACUGUUUAAAUUCACUUAAAACGAAUGUUAUUUUGUAUCAGUUUUUAGUUUUAUAUUAUUAUAAAACAUUCCGAUUUAAAGUAAUUUAAGAAAACGAUGCGUUGAAUUUGAAGUAAUUAAUUACUUUCUAUAUAUAUUUUGCAAUAAAUCUUCAAAAAAGAUUGCAGAAAUUUUAAUUUUCCAUAUGUUAUGUUUUUUAUUUUUUGUUUUUAAAUAAUGACCCACACACACAUGCAAUAUUAUAAAAUUAUAUAAAGAAAAAGUUAAAGUGGAAGAUAAAAAGGGCAUGUUAUAUUGGGAUUUUCUAUCUCAUUCGCACAGAUAGAAUAUUGCUAAAUAUCUCUUACGAAGUCUACAUAACAAUACUUUACAAAAUUAUAGAAAAUUUAAUCGAUUUUUAAUGUACGUACUUGCUUAUAAAUUAAUUAAGAGUCGGUUGGCGUGGUUGGUAGAUACUUGCAUUUCACGCCGAAGGUUGUAGGUUCGAUUCCCACCCAGGACGAUAUUUGUGUGCAUGAACAUGUCUGUUUGUCCUGAUUCUGGGUGUAAUUAUCUUUAUAAGUAUGUAUUUACAAAAGAAAAGUAGUAUAUGUAAUAUAUCAUUUGUCUGGUUUCCAUAGUACAAGCUCUGUACAAGCCUAAUUUGGGAUCAGAUGGCCGUGUGUGAAAGAUGUCCCAGGAUAUAAUUAUUAUUAUUAUAUGUAUAUUAUUUUGAAAAAGUGAGCGGGGGUAAAAGACUCGCCACGAAUGGCCAUAUUUUGUACGUCAAAUGUUUAUUUAUUUAACAAUAAUUUUAUAUACAUAUGUUUUUUGUACUUUAAAUCAACUAAAACAAUGUUGUAUGGUUUUAUGAUAAUUGUAGAUUUGAACAAUUUUAUAAAGCAUUUUGAUAAUUGCUUUUAAUAUAUACAUUUGUGUCAUAUUUUAAAUAAAGAUAUUUCACUAAA